AUGGCCAAAUGGAUUUGGAGGCUGUACGCUGGGGAGCAAGGCCUCUGGGCGAAGAUCCUUAGGGCCAAGUAUCUAGGGGAGAGGGACCUCCUUGCAGAUAAGCACCGGCCUGGAUCUCAAUUUUGGAAUGCUAUCCAAAAGAUCAAACAUGUCUUCGGCAUGGGGGCCCGGCAUGCUAUCCACAAUGGUCGCGCUACUAGAUUCUGGGUGGACUGGUGGCAUGAGAAGGGCCCCCUCAAGGUCCUGUUCCCGGGUCUCUUUGCCAUUGCAUCGGAACCCCUUGCCACGGUGGCCACGCUCUUCCUGGGUAACCAGUGCAGGCUCACGUUCCGCCGUGAGCUGGGCUUUGGGGAGCGAGUGGAGCUGGCCAACGUCGCCCGGCUGGUGGAGACCAUCCACCUGUCGGAUCCACAUGACCGGAUUUCGUGGUCCUUGGAGCCAAAUGGGAAGUUCUCUGCUUGGAAGCUUCUGGCUAGGAGAGGAGACCGACAAGCGGUGGAGCUGGUGAUUGGCAGGAUCCGAGCUCUUCAUGCUUCUAUCAGAGAUAGUGUCUAG